UAGAGAGAGAGAGAGAGAGAGAGAGAGACCUUCGAAUUCGAAGCUUUUCUCCCUCUUACAUGUCAAACCGCGCCCUCGCCCUCGCCCUCUCCCUCUCCCUCUCCUCCCCGAAUCCUCCUCCCCCUCGCUCCCCGCCGGAACCCUAGGGAUGUCCUCCUCCUCCUCCUCCUCCUCCGCCGCCGCCGCCCCCGCCGCGGCGGCGGCGGGGCGCGCGCUCCGCCCCGUGGACCCGAGCGUCUGGCGCGCGUGCGCCGGCGCGUGCGUCCAGAUCCCCGCCGCCGGCUCCCGGGUGUACUACUUUCCCCAGGGCCACCUCGAGCAGUCGCCCGCCCAUCCACCGCCGGUCCUCUCCCCGCUCGCCGUGUCCCGGACCUUCGUGCCCUGCCUCGUGGGGGCGGUCCACUACUUCGCCGAUCCCCUCACCGACGAGGUCAUCGCCAAGUUCCUCCUCCGGCCCGUGGUGAGCCCCGGCGCCCCCCUGCGGCCGGAGGGCCUGGUCGGCGCCGGCAAUGAGCCGGAGGAGAAGAUCGUGUCCUUCGCCAAGACGCUGACGCCGUCGGACGCGAACAACGGGGGAGGCUUCUCCGUCCCUCGGUUCUGCGCGGAUACGAUAUUUCCUCCGUUGGAUUUCAACGCGGAUACUCCGGUGCAGCAGCUGUCGGUGAGGGACGUCCACGGCGGCGUGUGGAACUUCCGGCACAUCUACCGGGGCACGCCGCGGCGGCAUUUGCUGACCACCGGGUGGAGCAAAUUCGUCAACAAUAAGAAGCUCGUGGCCGGCGAUUCGGUGGUGUUCAUGAAGAACACGACGGGAGACAUGUUCGUCGGGAUACGGAGGGCGGUGAGGAACAGCGGCGUGGACUGCGCCAGGUGGAGGGAGCAGAUUGGCGGCGGGAGGCUGAAGGCAGAGGAAGAGAGUGCUCUGAGGGAUGGAUUCUCGAGGAACGGCCGGGGGAGGGUGCCGAUGGAGGUGGUGGUGAAUGCAGUGGAGACGGCGGCGCGGGGGUUGCCGUUCGAGGUGGUUUACUAUCCGAAGACCGAGUGCUCGGACUUUGUCGUGAAGGCGGAGCGGGUGGAGGAGGCGCUGAAGUCGCUUUGGACGGCAGGGAUGAGAAUCAAGAUGGCGGUGGAGGCCGAGGACUGCUCUAGGAUGACGUGGCACCACGGGGUGGUUUCCUCCGUCGGUGUUGCUGAGAAUGGACUGUGGCGGGGCUCGCCAUGGCGAAUGCUUCAGGUUACAUGGGAUGAACCUGAAGCUAUGCAGGAUAAGAGGUCUGUGAACCCUUGGCAGGUUGAAUCCAUUGGACCUGGAUCGCCCCUUGAUUCGGUGUAUCCUCCAGUGAAGAAAUUGAGAGUUCCUCUCAGAUCUGCUUUGGGAACCGAAGGAGAAACCGGUCACUUUUUCGAUAUGGCUGGAUUUACUAAUUCUAUGGUGCCCUACAGUUCAUCAUUUUUCAACUAUAACACUCCCAUUGGCAUGCAGGGAGCCAGGCAAGAUGCGUCUAGAGCAUUUGGUUUAGUGAACUACGUGGAUGAAAAUUUCCCUAUGUACACCUGUAAUAUCUUUGGCAACAAUGUGGUGCCAAAGCCAAAAGCUAUCUGCACUGAUCUCAAUAUUGGCAGUUCAGCCUCUGAAACCUUAUCAACUGAUAGCCCGAGUAGCGGGCAUUCCUUUGGCCUAGAAAUUUCUGGAAAUCUGCACUCCAAUACUUCAAAGAUUGGCGGUGGUUCUUCAAUCCAGCUAUUUGGUAAGACUAUUCAUGCACAGGAGCCUGCUGAAAGCAAUUUAGACGGUGUUGUUAGCCCACCAGAUGAUGGCUCCAAAAGGCCUGGUGAAGCUGGAUAUGUGAGCAUACCACCGGAUCUUUCUUUGACCUGCCUGCAGGCACAGUGACCAGUGUCAAAGAGCCUCAGUUGUUUAAACUUUUCUUCUGUGAGUGUGAGGUUCAGGCUGUGGGUUGCAGAUAUAUAGGUGUACAGGUGGAUAGCUUUUCAGGAACUUUGACUCGACUGACGAGUUUUGUCGCGGGGGAAGCAGAAGCCCAUCCUCUUGCUUUAGGUAGUUAGGAAAAAGUCCACGGCGCUCUCAUCCGACGAGCGCAAAGUAUUAGUGUAAAGCCCCAGUGCGGUUAUGUCGGUUUUCAGACAUUUUAGAACUGCUGAUAGACUGUUGUUUGAUGUUUUUUUCCAAUCAACUGUUCAAAGCUGCCAUUGCAUUGUUUGCUACUAUAAUCUCCUUUUUUGCUGUCCUCUCUAAGAAAGUUGUCGAACACGGAUUCGCAAA